AUGUGGGCUUUAAAGAAGUUGAACUUGGACUGGGCUGAAGCUGCAAAUUUGAGGUUAACACAACUCAAUGAAAUGGAGGAAUUCCAUUUCCAUGCAUAUGAAAGUACAGAUGUGUACAAAGAAAGAAUGAAGUUCGUCCACGACAAAAAGAUCUUGAAAAGGGAGUUCAAGUCGGGUGACUUGGUUUUUCUCUUCAACUCAAGGCUCAAAUUGUUUCCGGGCAAGCUCAAAUUGAAAUGGUCCGGUCCGUUCAAAGUGGUCAAUGUAUCCCCUUUUGGGCUCCGAAUCUUCAAAGUAAAUGGCCAGCGAGUCAAGAACUACUUGGGCACAGAUGGAGAAAAACAUUUGGUGGAAUAG